CGGCGAUGCAGCGAACGGACGAGGAAGUAGCUACCUCACAGGGUCUUUGGGCAGGGACACCUCGUCAAUACAGGGGAAGGUGCUAGUCGGGUGGUAUACUUUCCCUGAACCCUUCGUCCAGACCAGACCACAAUCCACACUCUCCCCGCUCCCAACUCACUUCCAGCAGUUUUUCCUCAUUCAAGCAACACACCGCACCGCACCGCACCGCACCACGACACGGCCAGGUUCUUCAGAGACAAAAGCAGAAAGGCCACCGACAUAGAAGACCUCGAAUCGCAUCACUGCGCACGAGAAGAAUCACCAUGUCGAACAUCAACAUCCCCACGUCCACCUCGGUCCUCGAGAGCGCUGUCAUCCGCGCACCCCUUUCCCACGUGUGGCACCACAUCAAGCUCGCGGAGUUUGGAAAGUGGCUAUCCGUACUUGAAAAGUCCGAAUGUGUCAAGGGCGGCACCAGCCCGGACACGGAUAUUGUCCGCUGGGCCUUCAAGGACGGCACCGUCCUCGAGAUCAAGCAGGAGGAACACAGCACGAUUAACCACUACAUCACGUACAGCGUCAUCACCUCCCAGCCCGAGGUCUCUUACUCUUCGGUCCUCUCUACCAUCCGUUGUUACCCCAUCACCUCCGGCGAGUUGGAGGGCUCCACUUUUGUUGAGUGGAGCGGUCACUUCUCCAGUGAUGCUGAUGCUGGUGUUAUCCAGGAUGCCAAGUUCAAGCGCCGUGAUGGACUUGCCGACUUGGCCAAAGUGGCCACCCAGAAGUAAUGGGUAGUAUGAGACAGUGCCUCGACCAAAAGAGGAAAGAAACACUGAAGACAUUAUUAUGGAGUCUCUGAUAAGGAAUCAAAACGGACUUUAUGGCUGGAGGGGAAAUAUCGGACCACCAACACCGUUGUAAUGAGCUGACAAGGCUGAAAUUUGCUAGUUAUCAAUAUCCCAUGGCUUUUGUAACGCACUGAUGAGAUUGGAACACGUCGCGGCUGGCCGACAUAUUACCACGAGGAUCCUAACUAUUAGGCCUGUUCUGUCAUCACGGCUUACAUUACAUGGGUUCUAUGGCCAUCCACCACCUACUACUCGUAGCCUUCCUUGAUGCAAAGACAAAACUCCCCUUCAACGAAUAUAUAAAAUUCAGAAUCCCAAC